CUUCACCUUCAUCAUCUGGCAAACAAAUAGAUCGUCAUUCGUCAUCCUUCUCUUGCUUGACGAAUAAAAUAAAUUUUUCCUCUAAAAAAUUCUAGUAUUUAAUUGACCUUCUGCUUUACCCGUGUCGUCGUCACCUGUGGCGAUGGUACAUUUGUAAUGAGCACCGCGACCGUCUCACUUUGCGUCAUUCUCAUCGAAGUGACUGAAGAGAGUCAGUUACUCCCUUCUGUGCAGUAUUUGGCUCCAAAAUAUCGUGGAAAUAUGGCCGACAAUGGUAGUGGCAAACCGAAGGAAUUGCAAUUCGCUGGUGGUGACAAGUCAAAGACGAGAGGACUUCGGAAACCGUACAAUUUGACGGUGGAAACUUUUACCAGUACGGAAACUACUGCUACUACUACUACGGGUGAUAAGAAAAGUGGUGGAGUGGAUAACCCGAGUAAAUCGUCAAGCAGUGGACAACCAAGUGACGUGUCUGACUCAGAGGGUGCUGGAGAGACGAAGAAAGUUACGUUCUUAUCGGGAAAUCCGUUCGUUGAAGUGACGAAGGGUGUGCUUCACUUGUAUAAGGAAAAUGAGCGGACCCCUAUGGACAAAUUGGAUGUUGGGAGGAGUGAGAUGCUCCUUAUGCUCGCUGUCCCGGCGUCAACGUCAUGUCGUGAUUUGCUUCAGUUCGUCGCACCGUUUCAAGCGGACAUUGAGCAUAUCAAGAUAAUUAGAGACUCUAUUCCCAACCAGUACAUGGUUCUUAUCAAGUUGAAGAGUCAGAGACAAGCUGAUACAUUUUAUCAAACUUUGAAUGGAACCACUUUCAAUUCCUUUGAAGAAGAUUUAUGCAAUCUCGCAUACGUUGCAAGGGUUGAGACUAUGAAAGAGACUGAGAAUGUAGGCCUUCCUUUGGUCGGUCACACUGAACUCCCCACCUGCCCCGUCUGUCUCGAGCGGAUGGACGAGUCUGUCGACGGCGUUCUCACAAUCUUGUGCAACCACUCGUUUCAUUCCUUAUGUCUUUCCAAGUGGAGUGAUGCCAGAUGUCCCGUAUGUCGAUUUGUACAAACCCCAGAACUCGUCGUGGGGAAUCAAUGUUCCGAAUGCAAGUCGUCCGAAUCUUUGUGGAUUUGUUUAAUCUGUGGUCACAUCGGAUGUGGGCGAUACGUACAUGGGCACGCUUAUAAACAUUUUUGCGAGACAUCCCACUGUUACGCCAUUCAGCCAGACAACAAUCGCGUCUGGGACUACGUCGGAGACAACUUCGUACAUCGCCUCCUACAAAAUAAAGAUGGGAAACUGGUAGAAGUGAGUGGUCGCGGCGCUCCUCGUCCUGAAGACGCCGGAAAGACAGAAACCGAGGACAAGUUGGACUCUAUCCAGCUCGAGUUUACUUACAUGCUCACCACCCAACUGGAGUCGCAGCGCUACUACUUUGAGGAAAAGUUGGCGUCCCAAGUACGUGAAAUGAAUCGGGACGUAGAAAAGUUACAAAUUCGGCUCGAAGAGAAUGACAAGUACAAGACGGAAACGGACAUCCGACUGAAAGGGUUGACGAAGGAGAAGGUCAAUUUGGAGAAAAAGAUUGCACAGCUAACUCAGAAGCUGACCAAAGCCACCACCGACUUGAAUGAUGAGAAGGAAGUUAACAAGCACAUGAAGAAAGACCACGACAAAUGGGUCGCCCUCGUCGCCAAGUUGGAGAAAGAACACGAGCAGUACGUGGCGGAGAAGACGGCCGAAAUCGUAGAUCUCAAAGAGUCUCUCAGAGACGUCAUGUUCUUCAUGGAAGCUGGCAAGUUAGUGGGUGGAUCAGAAUUGCGGGACGAAAUUACAGAAGGUCAAGUCGUCGUGGGACCCUCAGCGGCGGACAACGCGGCCGCCGCAUCCACCUCGAAGAAAGAGCAGCGACGGAAGAAGCGCUAAAUCGCAACUCAAAAUCAACUUCUUGUUCCAUUCUAUAGCUAUGUAUAUCGAUGAUAAACUAUUUUAUAAUCACUGUAAAUCCUAUUCGCAUUCAAAUUACUGUGCUAAAAAACUACAUUGUCGAUACGAGACCCGUGCUAUCGUCACCACUAGAUCAUUACUAGAUCAAGUCCGAGAAAUGUUACAUAUGUGAUUUUAUAAAGUAAUGAUAAUAAAAAAUAAUAGAGUGAUCUGAAA